GUGUGUGUAUAUAUAUAUAUAUAUAUGUAGAGAGAGAGAGAGAGAUUACUUUGUUUACAGCAGAGGAGGACUAGUGAUUACCAAGAAUGCGAACUGCAUUUGAUCGAAUGGAAGAAGAAUCAGACCAAUUGGCAGAGACAACUACCUACAAUAUGGAAGAACAAACAGAACCACAAGAAAGUGAGCCAAAGAGCAAUUCCAUUCAUCAGCCAUUCCUCGAGAAAAAUCAGACCCUUUCUUCCAUUCCACUGGCCAUGAUUGGGGCCAAAGUUUCUCAUAUCGAAAGCUUGGACUACGAGAUCAAUGAAAAUGAUCUUUUCAAGCAUGACUGGAGAAGCAGAUCACGAGUCCAAAUAAUGCAGUAUACAUUAUUGAAAUGGUUACAGGCUUUACUAGUUGGGCUUCUAACUGGUAUCACAGCCACUCUCAUCAAUCUUGCAGUUACGAACAUUGCAGGCUACAAACUCCUGGCUGUCUUCCACUACAUAAAGAAAAAGAGAUACAUGAUGGGGUUCUUCUUCAUGACUGGGGUUAACUUACUAUUGACACUGGUUGCUACUAUUUUGUGUGUGUUCUUUGCUCCUACUGCAGCUGGGCCUGGUGUUCCUGAAAUCAAAGCUUAUCUUAAUGGGAUAGACACCCCUGGAAUGUAUGACGCUACAACAUUGUUCGUAAAGAUCAUUGGAAGCAUAGGAGCUGUCUCUGCAGGCCUGGACUUAGGGAAAGAAGGGCCACUGAUUCACAUUGGUGCCUGUAUUGCUUCAUUAGUAGGCCAAGGUGGGCCAGACAAUUACCAAAUUAAAUGGCGUUGGAUCCGUUACUUCAACAAUGACAGAGACCGCCGAGAUAUCAUCACUUAUGGAGCCUCUUCGGGGGUAUGUGCUGCCUUUCAUGCACCAGUGGGUGGUGUCUUGUUUUCACUUGAGGAGGUGGCAACAUGGUGGAGAAGUGCUCUUCUGUGGAGAACUUUUUUCACCACAGCCAUUGUGGUUGUAGUGCUUAGAGCUUCCAUGGAGUAUUGUGAAGCUGGAGGCUGCGGACUUUUUGGAGAAGGGGGACUGAUCAUGUUUGACGUCAGCGGAGUUCCAGUGACGUAUCAUUUUGUUGACCUCAUCCCCAUCACUUUAAUAGGAAUUAUUGGGGGAGUUUUAGGAAGCCUUUACAACUACCUCCUUCACAAGGUCCUCAGAGUCUACAGUCUCAUUAACGAGAAAGGAAGAUUAGCCAAGAUAUUACUAAGUCUCACAGUUGCAUUAUUUACCUCUGCAUGCCAAUACGGACUACCAUUCCUUGUAAGCUGCAAGCCCUGUGAUCCAUCCCUUUAUUCUAAAUGUCCUAAUACAGGAAGGGUGGGGAAUUUCAAGCAAUUCAACUGUCCAAAAGGACACUACAAUGAUCUAGCUACUCUCCUCCUCACAACCAAUGAUGAUGCUGUAAACAAUAUCUUCUCCAUCAACACUUCCACAGAAUACCAAACAAUCUCCCUCGUCAUUUUCUUCAUGCUUUAUUGCAUACUGGGUCUCAUCACAUUCGGCAUUGCAGUUCCAUCUGGCCUUUUCCUCCCUAUCCUCCUUAUGGGCUCAUCCUACGGCCGCAUGGUUGGUAUUGCAAUGGAGCCAUACUCAAAGAUGGACCAAGGUCUCUAUGCUGUUUUGGGUGCAGCUUCCUUGAUGGCAGGUUCAAUGAGGAUGACCGUUUCCGUUUGUGUCAUAUUUCUUGAAUUAACCAACAAUCUUCUUCUACUACCCAUAACCAUGUUUGUCCUUCUAAUUGCCAAAAGUGUUGGAGAUUGCUUCAACCCAAGCAUCUAUGAGAUCAUACUAGAUCUGAAAGGGCUGCCUUUCUUGGAAGCGCACCCUAAACCAUGGAUGAGAAACAUCACUGUAGGUGACCUAGCUGCAGUUAAGCCACCAGUAGUCACCCUUUCUGGGAUCGAGAAAGUGAGCCGCAUAGUGGAUGUUUUGCGAAACACCACACACAAUGGUUUCCCUGUAGUAUACAAUACAGUUGUGCCCCAUGUUGGUCAGGUAACUGAAGUGCAUGGACUUGUUUUACGAGCUCACCUUUUGUUGGUGCUGAAGAAAAAAUGGCUUUUACAAGAGAGGAGGAGAACAGAAGAGUGGGAAAUUAGAGAAAGAAUUAGCUGUGUUGAUGCGGCAGAAAGGUGGGGAAAUAUCAAGGAGGUGACUCUGACAAAGGAAGAAACGGAAAUGUACGUGGACUUGCAUCCACUUACCAACACAACUCCUCAUACCGUGGUUGAGACCAUGUCAGUUGCGAAGGCUAUGGUGCAAUUCAGGGAGGUGGGGCUCCGCCAUAUGCUCGUCUUACCAAAGUACUCAGGACCAGCAGUGCCACCACUGGUGGGGAUCUUGACCAGGCAAGACUUGAGAGCCCACAACAUUUUGAGUGCUUUUCCAAAUCUGGAAAAAUCCCAUGCAGGUAGAAAAAGACACUGAAUCUCAAUGGAGAAA